AUGUAUACUUCAGCGAUUCUUGCCACUCUUCUUCCCCUCCUAGCGACCUCUGCACCAACGAACCACCUCCAAACCCGCCAAACAACCAGCAGCGAUGACAUCCUCAACGGCGACUGCGGGACCGUCAACUACAUUUUCGCCCGCGGCACGACCGAAGUCGGCAAUCUUGGAACUGUGAUCGGACCUGGAUUCGGCCGCGCCCUUGGUCAACGCAUGGGAGACGUCGCCGUUCAGGGCGUCGACUACCCUGCCAACGUCGCAGGCUUUCUAGCUGGCGGAAGCAACGAUGGUGCAGACACCAUGGCAGAGCUAGCAAGACAAUCAAUCUCCCAGUGCCCCGGCGUGCCGAUCGUGAUGAGCGGCUACAGCGCCCAAGUCGUCUCCAAAGCCAUGGACCAACUGACCGCCGACGAAGCCUCCAACGUCGGCGCCGUCGUACUCUUCGGCAACCCGAACGGCAACGAUCCCGUACCCAACACAAACGCGGCGGACGUCGAGGUGUUUUGCAACGUUGGGGAUUUGAUUUGUGCAGGGACGGCGACGAUCUUGCCGGCGCAUUUGACGUAUGGGAGUGAUGCGGAUGAGGCGGCGGAUUUCGUGGCGGGGCGGAUCCAGGUUUGA